CAUUACGUAAGGUCUGAACGUGGCGCUGCUGUUUUCUUUGUGUUAGCAGUUUCACUGUGCAACCGCUAUGUCUGGACGAGGGAAAACCGGAGGCAAAGCCCGAGCAAAGGCCAAAUCCCGCUCCUCCAGAGCCGGGCUCCAAUUUCCGGUGGGGCGCGUCCACCGACUGCUGCGCAAAGGUAACUACGCGGAGCGCGUCGGCGCCGGGGCUCCGGUCUAUCUGGCGGCCGUGCUGGAGUAUCUGACCGCUGAGAUCCUGGAGCUGGCCGGAAACGCGGCCAGGGACAACAAGAAGACGCGCAUCAUCCCGCGACACCUCCAGCUGGCCGUGCGCAACGACGAGGAGCUGAACAAGCUGCUGGGAGGAGUGACCAUCGCGCAGGGAGGAGUGCUGCCCAACAUCCAGGCCGUGCUGCUGCCCAAAAAGACCGAGAAACCGGCCAAGAGCAAGUAGAGACCGGACUGCUCACAUCGGAACCAGCCGCCUUGUAGUACUCGUUUUCUUUUUUUGGGGGGGGGGGGGGGGGGUUAAAAAUCUUUUCAAAUAUUUGGACAGUGUUUAGUGUUUGUACAGUGAACACUUUUUUCCUGUUAUUGUUGUGUUCCUGAAAAUGGAGGUGCACU